AUGAUAUUUCAAUGGUUUAUACUUUUGAUAAUUCAUUUAUUGAUACAAAUUGAAAGUAGUAAUUCCAUACUUUAUUCUUCAAAUAGACGUAAUAUUACAUCAUUCGAUAUUCAAAACACGAAUGACACUUAUUAUGAAAAUAAUAUCUUUGGUUUAUCAAUAAAUAAACCUGAUGGAUGGUAUUCAAUGACAUCAGAGGAAAUACGGUGGGCAUUCGAAGAUUCCAUUAUUGAAAAUAUACCUUAUCAUAAUAGCUCAGUUGAUCCAUGGAUAAAAAGUGUAAAACAAGAAAUGACACCAAUUUUUGUUUUUAUAGAAGAUCCGUCUGAGAUAACAAAUAAGAACGCCAGUACAAGAAUGGUUGGAUGGAUUGUGAAUAACACUCAAUGUCAAUCAAUCGGUUUAUGGAAUGAUACUUAUGCUAAAGGCCACGUUGUUCGUGUAGAUGACAUGGAUGUUUAUACAGUUGGUAGUGAUACAAAUUCAUUAAAAGAUUUAUCUAUAAUUGUUUUUUAUGAUAUUUUUGGAUUUAAUAUAAGUCAAACACGUGUAUUUUGUGAUCGACUUGCUGCUGAAUAUGAAGUUCAAGUUGUUAUGCCAGAUUUUUAUCGUGGUCAAUCGGCAUCAGUAACAACACCUCAUUUAAUAGCAUGGGUUGCUCAAGUUGGUAAUUGGUCUCAAGUAUCAAUUGAUUUGAUAAAUAUUGCUUCUUGGCUUCGAAAUACGUCAUCAUCAUCUCGUCGUAUUGCAGUCAUCGGUUUCUGUUGGGGUGGUCUACAAGUUGCUCGUGCUUGUUCGAAUCUAUCGAAUCUCUUUUUUACUGGUAUUUCUGUUCAUGGUGCAUGGUUGACAGAAGAGGAGGUUAAUAAUUUACAACAACCAGUCUUUUUUAUAGCUGCUGGUGAUGAUCCACCAUUGCAACCCAAUAUUUCGACUGUUAUAGAACAAUCGACAAGUUCAAGAGUAUCUAGCCAAUGUCAAUAUGAGACAUAUUCAAGCAUGACACAUGGUUUUGUAUCAAUGGGUGCUAAUUAUUCAGAUCCAUACAAUGUAGAAGCUAUUAAUAAAUUACCAAUCAAAGGAGAUCGGUAUAAAUGUUUAUUUUGUCCGGAUAUUGAUUUUUGUGAAUUAUGUAAAUCUACUAGCAGACCAAAUCAUGAUUCAGAUCAUCUAUUAUUAUGUAUUAAAGAUUCAAGUGUAUAUCAAGGUUCAGUCUACAUGUCUAAUCGUAGUCGAUUAUGCCAUGAUGGAAUUAAAUGCGAUUCAUGUCUUAUAAAUCCAAUUAUUGGUAUUCUCUACAAGUAUUGUUGUGGAACAAACUUAUAUGAAAAAUGUGAAUUUAUUGGUAUACAUAAUCAAAAUCAUCAUCGAACAAAAAUAGCAGCACCAAUAGAUUUCAAUUAG